UUUUAAAAUGUUUUUUUUAAUUUUUUCAUGUUAUUUAAUUUAUUUUAUACAUUCGGAUUCUCACACAUCAAAUAUUUUCUCAAGACUCAAUUCCAACCCAGUUUCAUUUCGACCAAAGGAAAUAACCUUGGAAUCCUUGUCACUUUUACAUCAUUAAAUAUCAGAAAUGAUGAGAAGAUAAUAACGAAAUCAAAACCAAUCGACAUCAACUCGGAACUUUCAGCAGUUUCCAGGAAAACAUACAAAAAUCUACCGAAACCAGAGAGUGUUAAGCUUACACAUGAUGUGGCAUCUGAAAUCGAACGCCUAAGAAAUAUUGACUUUGAACCAGUGACAAAACCUACAGUGGAACCAGAAUUGAACUAUAAAGAUGGAAUACAUAUCAAGAAACCACUUUCUGAACCUGAUUUGGAUUUGAAAAGAAUUGAUGACUAUUUGAUAAUUUACAAGAACCCUUUGGUGUAUAUACCGACCAUUCUUGUCUUUUCAGUAUCUCUACCGUCAUUUUCAUACUUUCUGGUGUACGGAAGAGAAGUUUCAAGGUAUUCAAUCAGAGGGAUAACAUCCUUCGUGUUAUACUUUCUAAUAUACAACACACUUAAAAGUGUGUAUAUAAUAGGAAUAGUAUUGGCAAUUAUAUUUUCCUUCUUAUCAUUCAGUAUCGCAUUAAAACCACUCAAGUAUUUUAAUUUUGGACCAAGGAGUGUAAGAAAGGAACCUAUUGGAUGGAUUUUCGUGAUUCUGUUCUCAUGUGUAGUAUUCUCAAACUUGGUUUACAAGAUCUUAUUCGUCAUCCUACAGUUAAUUACAGGGAGUUUUACAGCGCCUAGAUUCCUAAGAGCAAUAUUCCCAGUGUUUUAUCUCCUUUUCCUGACUGUUGUAUCGGGGGUUGUUCUGGGCCUAUUAAUAGUUGUAGUACCAACUAAAUACGCCCAAAACUCAGUGUUCGCAUUAUCUUGCUCGUAUAUACUUAUGUCUGGUGUAUCGUACUUGAAUGACUUCUUGGUGUAUAAUUUCACCUCAAAUCUGAGGCCACUGCAAUUUGAUAUGACUCAAUUUUUCGAUAGUAACGUAACACUUUCUACUUCACAUUUUCUAAUUGUUCUUGGGACACUGCUUGUGUCAAGUGUCACAACCUUCCUUAAUAGUAAUAAAUAUUUAAAGUAAUUUUUUGUUAAAAAUUUUA